UGAGAAUUGAGAUUAAAUAGGAAAACAAUUAUUGUGCAUCAUUCUCAGACAAUAACAAAAAGAAAUAUGUCAGCUUCUAAUGAAAGGUGCUGCUUUGUUGAUAAGAAAUUAUUAACGAAAGCUGUGAAUUUUGAAAACCAAGGUAGUUUGGUUGAUUUUGCAUAUGGAGAACAAUUGCCAGUGGAACAAUUCACUUUGAACAUUAUAGCUGUUAAAGAACUUGACAAAGAUGUCAAGAUACCAGUUUCUUUUAAGAAUAUCGGGAGGCUGAAAGAGGUUGCAAAUAAAUCAACAGCUGGCAGUGCGAGAUACAACAUACAUGUUGAUCCUUCUGAAAGACACGAGUGGGAGAUCAGUGCAUCAGCAUUAUGUGAUCCAACCUUUGAUGGCCUCGGUUUAUCAUCCUUGAUCAGCUGCUUCUUACGACUGCCCACUAAACUGAUGAAUGUCAAAGUACAGAUUCAAAAACUUAUGCUUCACAAACAUGGUGGUCAAUCGUGCAACAAAAUCAAAAACCCUGGUUGCUGUGGUGUUGAUGGUAAAUUUGGUACUGCGAUCCUUCAAGUGCCAGUUGAAGGAGGGCACCAAGGUGGGUGUUUAAGUGUCGAAUAUAAAGGAAGAAAUCAAGCUUUUGAAAACCAUGCAAGAAGUGACAGCAACUUUUACAUCACUACCUUUUUCGACUGUUGCGAACAUUUUAUGGAACCCGUCACGCAAGGAUACCAAUUAACCCUCGUCUUUGAUCUCAUUUGGACAAAUGCCAAUAUCAGAAUUCCCCAAGAUUUUCCUGUGUUUCUUACCUCUCUGAAACAAGUUAGAGAAGUACUGAAAUCGUGUCUGAUUCAAGUCAAGCAGGAAGACUCCCUGGAUUCGAAAGAUAGUGAACUAGAAGAUUCCGAGUCUGAAGAGAUCGAACUUUCUGCUCAUAACACACACGAUUUCCUGUACUCAGAGAAGGAACUGAAAGAAAAUAUUUUUUUCUUCGUUCUACACGACAAAUACGAUAUCGAUAAUUUUGCAUUUGAAUUCCUUUGCAGCCAAGAUAGAAAAGCGGCCGAACUACUCAAAAGCUGCGGUUUCCUCGAUGUUCACCUGGCGAUGGCCACAAAUUCAAUUCAACAGAUUUACGACAAAGAUUCUGUCGACUUCAAUUCAAUUGAAAAAUUGCGCUGGAUAGAUUCUGAUGAUGUGGUUAGAAACUUAAGCAUCGAAUUGAAAUCGAACGAGCAUUUUGUUGGACGGAUUGAAGAUCGUUUUUCAUCGAGUAGGACCAAACUGGAUCAAGAUAAGAAAAUGGAAAAUCGAGGAGAAAACAGUGAACAUCACGGAGUACUUGUAAUUUGGCCCAAACAUCAUUCUUUCCAGAUGUACUGCCGAUAUGGUCUCCAGUCACUUCUCAUCCGGAUGAGCAAAUCAUUGGUGUCAGCGCCCAACUGGAAGGAAGAAACGCGACAACAAGUCAAAAACGAAUUACGGCAGCUUAUUUCGUUUUGUUGCGCCGAACCUGAAAAAGUGUGGACGUUGGCUGGAAUGGAAAAUGGUGAACUGACGUUAAGAUUGUUCCGUUUCUGCAUCACCCUGAGGGCUCGUGAAGAGGGCAUCGAUCUCUUGAACCUUGUCUGCUCCAAUUUUUAUGAAGAGUCCCACGACAUUGAGAAGUUUGAAGGAAUUCAAACCGAGGAAGUUGCUCAGACAAUUGCGGAAUUCCUGUGUGCCGAUUUUGUGCGCCAAGUCAGUGAUCGGGACGAUGUCGCUGAAUUAAUUAAGCGAAUUAUCUCUUCGAGCCGGAUUAUUGCCAAACAGUUAAUCCCGAUUGUCAAGCUGGGAAAAUGUUUUCUUGAUUUCAAUUUCAAGGAAGGAGCUAUAAUGAUUGGAGAGGCUGUAUCUUCCUCAUUCACUAAUAUCGACUUGCUUAAAGCUUCACAAUCAAAGCAGUCCCAUGUAGAAUCCUAUAUGGACAUGAUUGUGGCGUUGGAGAUGAAUCCUGAAACCGCCAGCAGAGAGAGGAUCGCCUCAUUUUUUCUUUUCUUUUCCAAGCUACAGCUAUCCAUGCAGUGUCGAUUUUUUCUCGAUUUUGAAACCAGAUUCUGCUCACAUUCGAAGAAGCACCCGUCCUGUCAACCCAUUCUAUAUGGUUUAUGCCAGAAGAUUUUGGCGAUUACUUGCAACAUUUACGCGCCGUCCGUCAAGUGUUUCGCCGUGGACUUGGUGAGCUGUUUUCUUCGGCUUGGAAAUGGCCAAUGGCUUGAAACUGUCAUCUCUAAUGUGUGCCGAGAGCCAACUGUAUCGGAAAGCCAGACAUUUAUCCUGAUGAAGAAGGAUUUGAUCGAAAAAUUGAUUACUUCGCCCGUCAUCUAUCAGUUGGCUACCACUUCUGAACUGGGCCAGUCCGUCAUGAUUCCUAUUAUCUGCGGAUCAUUUUUGCCUCUUGUGGAGGAGAAGUCAACCGCCAUGCCACGCCGAGAAGUGAUCCUGGAAAUGGUGAGGUGGCUCCAGUCAGGCGACGAGUCCCAAACGCAUACGCUUCUUCAGCAUGUCUGUGUUAAUGAAAUAUGGGCCCAUCAGGAAAAGCAGAAGCUAUUCCGAAUGCUCAUUUCAACGUCUGACAUAUGGGCGAAUUUGAAUUCCAGUUCGAAGUUGAUGGUAUUGAAAACUUGUAGUGAUCUCGUUUUGUUGGGGAUCUCGGAAGUCAAACAACUAUUGAACUCUAGCGACCUUUCAAACAGUACGUCUCUGCUCGUCGACUGUGUCCAAUUCUUCAUCGACGUCGAAAAAAAUCAUUUCUGUGAUGCAGAGAAUAAUCGAUUGAUUACUUCUCGUGUUCUACAGCAGCUGAUGACAAAGAUAUCGACCCCACAACUAAUGGAACUUGUUUUUAAUCUUGGCUUAUCUACACUUUCUGACAUCAAGCGAUUCCCUCUCUGCAUUGACUGGUAUCGUAAUGCUUGUCAACUCUUUUUUCAGCAAGACUUCGUCCAUUUGGUUAACUCCGUGGGAGAUGUAGUAAAGAAGAUUUUUGAUUGCCUUUUGUGGCUGAACGACGAACUUUGCUGGGAAAGCUUUAAAGUUCAAAUUUGUAAAUCCUUUCCUUCUGAGGAAGGAAAUCUUUUUGUGCACUUUGUAAUCAGCAAUGAAGCCCUUCAAGAAACUCUUGUGGGAGCCCCUCUUGGUCUAAACGCUUUUAAUCGCAUCUUGGAUCACUGGAUAGAAGAGUCAAGUCCGAAAAAGAAUCCACCAGCUGUCGACUGGAGUAUGCCCCAAACUUCAUUUCCUGCCUGUCCCGAAGUAGAAACAUGUCUUCGUUCGUCGGAAGAAAGUAUGACCUAUUCAAAAUUUCGUGGCAUCAAAGAAGCUCGUCAGUUAGGCAAAUUACUCGACAAAUCAGGACCAAAAAAUAGAGUCAGUGUUCAUUCAUCCGUUGGCGGACUUGGAAAAAAUGCAUUUUACGAAAUAGAGAAGAAAACUUGUGAUGAUGAAAUCUUGAAAACAUUUCAUGCCAGACAAUCGGAGCUAUGGCAAGUGGAAAAGUUGCGCAUUGACCUACAAGAACGCGUCAAAUCAAUCAGUAAGACAGAAAUACAACUCCCGCUGCCUGUUGAUUUCAGUUUAGCUGUUUUACCGACGAUGCCUACUGAUCACAUCACAUCACACUUCACAGAAAUCCUGCCCAUGAAUAUGCAGAACGAGAUGGGCAUUCCGAAUAUCAAGGUCGAAAAUGAAAAGGCUAGUGGGUGUCUUAUUUUGUCUGCCGAGUCUGAGUUGUUCCCAUCCGCCAGCGCAACUGACGUCGCCACUGAACAUAUUCAGGAAGAGAAAAGUGAAGAAAAUCACGACUAUCCUCCUUUGACGCCACCGAACGAAGCACCGUCGAGUGACUCGAUUUCCUGUGGCAUAUUUCCUGGUGCAGGUCCUUCUAUUGAUUUUCAGGAUGGACACAUGGUUUCCGUCGGUGACAUACACCAGAAAAGUAGCUCAGAGUCCAUUCAUUCAUUGCCAACUUACCUGCCUUCGGUCGCUGCCUUAAAGGAAGCUGCUAAGAAAGCUCGUGACUGGAACAGCCUUCUAGAGGUUUUACAGAAGUUGGAGUACAGCCCUUAUCUUGAGGCGCUUGAAAGCUGGAUGUCCAAAGCCAAACCGAUUGCGAUAAGAUUGGAUUCGCUUGACGAACUCGAAAAUCAGAUCGCCGCUGCCCACGCCUGGCGCGAAAGAACUGCAAAAACAUUUUUACGAAAGAACUCAUAUUAUUCCCUGAUCGAAGUCCUUUCCCCGAAACUCGACGUAUUAGUUGAAUCACGUUUCCGACGCCGUCGACCCAAAGAAGAUCCCUUCAACCCAAUCAACGUGACUCACGUAAUCACCCUUGAGGCAGAGAAGAAGGAAGAUCCUCGACUGAUCGUUGAAUCUUUCAAAGAGAGUGAAAACAACGAAUUAACUAGCUUCAAGCGUAUCCGAGUUCAAAACAUUCAAAAAAAAGUCCAUGAUGAUCAAGGCCUUGCUCAUUACUGUAUAUGCCAAGGCAAAGCCCAGGGAGGCAUGAUCGAAUGCGCACUCUGCAAAGAAUGGUUCCAUCUUUCGUGUUUAAGGGGAGCGAAGCAACAAGGUCCAGGGGCCAAAAACAAGACAAAUGGUGAAGACAAUGCGAUCAGCGGAAUCAAAGAUGGCCGUUACCUCUGUGGCUAUUGUUGUCGUUCGAGACGGCCUCGUCUUGAAACGAUCCUCUCGUUGCUGGAGUCUUUACAAAAACUUCCCGUUCGAUUACACGAGGGUGAAGCUCUUCAGUGUCUCACCGAGAGGGCCAUGAACUGGCAGGAUCGAGCUCGUCAGCUGCUAUCUACUGAAGAGUUAACAGCAUGUCUGUCUCAGUUAUCUACCAUGUUGCAACGUGCUACUGACGCUUCUUCUCAGAAGAAAAUGGAUAGUAAGACUGGAUCAAAUGAGCUUCAAAAAUUGUCGGUGAGCGGAGAGCACCGCGAUUUCUUCAGUGGCAGCGAAGAGUCAUAGGACAGCGAAUGUACAGCUAGAGACAGCAUUCCAGAAGUUGGCGAACA